AACCGUUGCCGCUGCCAUCUUCGAAGGCCUCAAGGGCUCGUGGCGACUCCGCAGGUCGCUGAACAGUCAGCUCUCUGGCUUCCCAAGCGGCAUAUUCGAGGGUGUGGCACAAUUUCGACCCAGGACUCCCACUGCCCACUCCGCUGCGGGCGAGCUUGUCUACUCAGAGCAAGGAGAGCUGAAGACAGACAACGGCUUCACACUCAAAGCAAACCGCAAGUAUGUCUAUCGCUACAAUGCCGAUGAGGACAAGAUCUCGGCAUGGUUCGUCAAGGAAGACACCAAAGCCAAAGACGGCGAAGAAGAGGUAGACUAUCUAUUCCACGACCUGGAAAUUGAUGCCGAAGGAAAAGGCAUUGCCGGUCGUGGUGAGCACUUGUGUGUGUUGGAUAUGUACUGGGCCUAUUAUGAAUUUCGUCUACCCAAGCUGGCUGAGGUUGGUGCAAGUGAGAGAAUGGAUGUGUUCGGUGUGCGGUAUAAGGUGAAAGGGCCACAGAAGGACUACACAAGCGACACUGCCUACGAGCGUACCUUUAGUGAGGAUGUCGCUGUCUUGUAAGCGGCGGAUUGCAGUCCACCUUCACGAAAGUGUUGAAUACCUGCUUUCCGAGCAGCCUUCACGAAACUCACCUAAGGCUCAUGGCAUACAUGAGGUGUCUUCACAUCAUGCUCUUCGCGAUGCAGAACCUCUCUGAGAAUCCACAACGCAAGCAUGAUUUCGAUCCUGGAGCGUACGCUUCUGCACGAUGACCGGAUUGAGGGCAAGAUACGCCACACGCUAUUCGACCUCUUGCACCAGGAGGCGUCGCUUACCGGAUUGCGCCUGACAUCACACAUAUUGCAUACCAUUGUGGAUCAGAGGAAGAGUCUAAUGUUCUCAAAUCUAUACUUCUGUAUGCCCGUGGGACGACUUGAUCUGAAGUACAACAUACCAGCUCUGCGUAGAAUAGCACCAUUUUGCACCUCGAUGACUAUCAAAGUGACUAAUGGCGAUGCGAACUCUCCGUAUACCAUGGGAGAAGCCGAGUCAGGGGACCAAGCCAGCGCCCAAGAAAGCGAACAACGCAAGCAGGAAUCCCAAAAUCGUCGCCCAGCGCGAGGUGUACGCAAUGCUCACAACACGUUUCGAGACGAUCCUUCAUCGGAGUCAAUUGCAGCACGGCCACGACGUAUCGGAGUCCAGAGCUCAGGGGUUAGAAAGCUGGACCAGUUGCUUUUGCAGCAGAUCUUCCAGUCUAUGUAUCAGCUGGCGAACCUCAUCAUACGAGUCAACGUUGACUCUGGUUGGCCCGGAUUGACCCUGACAGAAGACAGUCUCAUAUCCAUUAGACUCGCACUGGAAUACAGUAACCUGGUAUCACUACGAAGCGUGCGCCUCGAUCCAGUACAUGCCGCAGGCGUGUUGCAUUUUCGGUGGGCAGGCUUCGGUGCUUUUCGUGAGCAACCCCUCACCAGAUCGCCGGACAGUCCUUUUUCCACAACGCCGCGAUGUGGUUCCGAAAUAUGGACCAACUUGUCAACACUCGAUCUUCGGCUGCGGAAUCCUGUACCUGCAAAGCGUCUUAACGAGAAACAGAUGAUGAUGUUCUUCCAAGUACUGGACGACUACCUUCGCAGCUUUCGCCGCACUCUUCGACGCCUUUGCUUUGUAUGGCUGGAUGCCCCCGGCCCAAGUCCCCUGGCCUUUGCCGAUCUACUGGAACGCGUUCCUAUCGUGUGGCAAAGAGUUCAAGAAUUCCAGUACGGCAACAUCACUGCACCAGAGAAGAUUCUUGACCUGGUCGGACACAGAAUGCCAAAUCUCAGGAGGCUCGAGUCACUGGUAGCCACCAUCGGACAGGACUGCCAGGAUGGAGAUGUUUGGAAAGGUGUAGACAUUCAUUUGCCAGGAUCUAAUGCACCAACUUCUGAAACAGUCAUGGGAAAUGCAAUGGCGAAGCUCAGUCAGCUAUCAUUGGUACCACCGCCGUUAUCAUUCCACCAAACUCCUACAAGGGCGGACUCCCCUGCUAGAAGUGCUCUAGACUCCAGCAGCAUCUACUCACAUCACGAGCUUGACUUGACUGACGAUCCUGAUAUAUUCGACGCAGAUGGCAAUGUUACCGUCGCAAUGCCUUCUCCCUCUGCAACGCUAGAGGAGCAACGCAGAACGCUUCAAGUUCAUGAUGUCUCUUCCUUCGGUAGAGCUGUACGUAUCGGGUCAAGUAACGAUUUUGUCUCUACCCGACGAGCUACGAAUGCGUCUGUAUCGCGAGAGACGCCUACACGUCGCAAUGCACUGGUGACUCGAGCUCCUGUCGCCAGCAGUGUCUACUCACGCGACGAGAAUGGCGAUUAUAUCCCGGUCAGACACAAAUGGACCAAGAGUACAGUCCGAUCGGAACUGCGUAACACCGUCUCUCGUUCUGCAAUGUUGCCACAGCCGCCUGCGCCCGCCGCUACAGACGUCAAAGCUGGCCUUUCGACGACUCUGAGAAUGCCCGCAUCCCGUCCGGACACUGUGCUGCCCGACAAUAAGCGAGUGGGACGCAUGCCACCACCAGUACCUUCGAGCAAUCUCAUUGCGCGCAACAAACAUCUCGAGAUCGGGGACAUGCCAGGGUUCAAGGCUGCUCGCGACGAGUACCUACGGAAAAUCAGCAGUGAUCAGGCAAACGCUAUCGUAGGACGCAGUGCUGAGGGCGACGAUCGUGCGUCAGACAAUGGUACAAUAUCGUCACGUGAUCGCGUGAGACACUGGGCCCGCGCAGUGAAAAGUGGAAGACCUCCAAGCGUGGUAACGACGAAAAGCAUAGACACAUUCAAGACUACUAGCAGUAGGCCACUGUCGAAAUUCUUCGCCAACUUGCGAGAGACUGGCAGACCUCCGAGGCAGUGAGGGAGUACCGACUUCAUCAGAACAGCGGCCAGGCGUGGCGAGACCUACGCCAUAUAUUCAUCUUCCUCAGUUAUAGCUUGACGCCAAGCUUCUUCCCAACCUGUUCCUCUAUCCGCCCCUACCGCUUUCAGAGAUCCCAAUGAUUGUGUCGCGCAUUCGUCUGUUCCGUGGGACGUCUCAGGCUCUUGAUCUACUUCACCUUGCACUUGGCCUGGCAAUGGACGACGUUCACUUUCCUUGACAUAUGUCGCGAGCUCACCCUUUUCCUCCUCUCGAUCCUCCUCCUCCUCCUCCUCCUCCUCC